ACAGGACUGAGUAACUAACACUUUCACUUCCACUUUCCCUGGUUAGGACUCUUCCCUUUCACUGCUGAGGGACUGGGUUCAAUCCCUGGUUGGGGAACUAAGAUCCCCCAUAAUUUCCCAGCUCACCUACCUCCUGAAGUUCCCCUAGGAAACUAAGAGAUCAGAUCCACAGCAUUCCCUGUAGAGCUUCCACACCUCUGUUCUGAGUGAGUGAGUGAAAGUUUCUCAGUUGUGUCGGACUCUUUGCCAUCCCAUGGACUAUACAGUCCAUGGUAUUCUCCAGGCCAGAAUACUGUAGUGGGUAGCCUUUCCCUUCUCCAGGGAUCGUCCCAACCCAGGGAUCAAACCCAGGUCUCCUGCAUUGCAGGCAGAUUCUUCACCAACUGAGCUAUCAGGGAAGCCCUUAUCUUGACUUUUGAGAACCUGCACUGAACUUUGAACUUCCUGAUGGUUUCCCCAGGGCUCUGCCAUUCCCGCUGCUGGAAUGCCCUUCGCCUGGUAAAACCUCACUCACUGACACUUUUGUGAAACGCCAUUGCUGCUCCAGGCUGGUAACCUUUUCAGCUGACAGCCUGCUCCCCUGUGAUCCCAAAGCAUUCUGUUCAUCACUCUGAGAGCCCUUGCCAGAGUAUAGCCUCCCUAGCGCUCCACCUGUUUGGCUCUCACCCGUGAGCUGCUCUAGGCGCCCACGGAUACUUGUAAUGAAUGAAAGCCUCCCGUCCCUCCCACUGGCGGUGAGCAUCCUUCCUGCGGUCUAACCCGAGUCGCUCCUGCUGCAGCGCGCACGGCGGGGAGGGUGAGAGAGUGACACCUGGCCAAGUGCGCGCCGCGAGUCCGAGCCGAGGCCGGUGGGAGCGGCCGGCCGAGCCCCCCCCUCGCGCCCCCCGGCGCCGCCGCCCUGCCGGCGACCCCGGCCCCCGCCGCCGCUGGCGCCUCUUCGCCCCGGUUACCGCUAGUGGCUGCUGUCGCUCAGUGGAGCCCAAGGAGACCGCGGCCAGAGCGUCCACCGAGCAAGAUGGUGGCUCCCGAGUCUCUUCUCCCACCAGCGGAGCGGAAGUAGACUUUCCUGGCUAAGUUAGAUGAAUGGUCCCCCUUAGCCUGGCGGGCUGCCCCCCUCCUGCCUCCCUACCAACUCCCCCUGUCAAGGGAGGUGCUUCGGUGUGCGGGGGAGGCUGGGGGGCCAAGAGCAUUUGUGCAGGGGUUGGGGGUGCCCUAGCCCCCCCCAGGAGGAAUGGUGCCCCCAGGGAAGAAACCAGCCGGAGAGGCUUCCAACUCCAACAAGAAGUGCAAGCGUUACUUCAACGAGCACUGGAAAGAGGAGUUCACCUGGCUGGACUUUGACUACGAGCGGAAGCUGAUGUUCUGCCUCGAGUGCCGCCAGGCCCUGGUGCGGAACAAGCAUGGCAGAGCGGAGAAUGCCUUCACCGUGGGCACGGACAACUUCCAGCGCCACGCCCUGCUGCGCCACGUGACCUCGGGGGCCCACCGCCAGGCUCUGGCUGCCAACCGGGGCCAGCCCUCUUUUGAGGGCCAGGCUGAGGGCGGAGGGGCCUGCCUAGGCCUGGCCACCACCCCCAGCUCCAGGGGCGUCAAGGUGGAAGCAGACCCGGCUAAAGUGGCCGUGCUGACCACGGUGUACUGCAUGGCCAAGGAGGAAGUGCCUGACGACCGCUGCUCUGCCCUGCUUGAGCUGCAGAGAUUCAACCUGUGCCAGGCGCUGCUGGGCACGGAGCACGGUGAUUACUACAGCCCCAGGAGGGUGAGGGACAUGCAGGUGGCCAUCGCCAGUGUCUUGCACACAGAGGCCCGUCAGCGCCUGAAGGCAUCCCCGUAUGUGGGCCUGGUGUUGGACGAGACCAGGGACUGGUCUGAGUCCCACAGUCUGGCCUUGUUUGUCACUUCGGUGUCCCCCUGCGAUGGCCAGCCUGCCACCACCUUUCUGGGCAGUGUGGAGCUACAGGAAGGCGAGGCCACUGCUGGCCAACUCCUGGACAUCCUGCAGGCUUUCGGCGUGUCUGCAUCCAAGCUGGCCUGGCUCAGCUCAAGCCUCCCCAGUGACCGCCUGGGGAGCGUGUGCCCGCAGCUCCGGGCCACCUGCCCACUGCUCACGGAGCUACACUGCCUCCCUGGCCGGACAGACCCCAAACCCCCUGCCUACCUAGGUGAAUAUGAAAGCGUACUGGAUGCCCUAUUCCGCCUGCACGGCGGCCCCAGUUCUCACGUGGUCCCCGAACUCAGGGCGGCACUGGACCUUGCAGCUAUUGACUUGGCAGGACCACGGCCAGUGCCCUGGGCCUCCCUGCUGCCAGUGGUGGAAGCUGUGGCUGAGGCUUGGCCUUGCCUGGUGCCCACCCUGGAGGCCUCUGCCCCAGCCUCGCCUACCACAAGGGCGCUGGCCCUCGCCCUUCGCCAGUUCACCUUCGUGGCCUUCACCCACCUCCUGCUGGAUGUUCUGCCCUCCGUGCAGAAGCUGGCCCUUGUCCUGCAGCCAGAGGAGCCGGAUUUGGCCUUGCUGCAGCCUCUGGUGAUGGCAGCUACAGCCUCCCUCCACGCACAGUGCAGUUCAGCAGGCCCGGCCUCCGGAGCCCCCAGCCCGCUGCUGGCCUCCCUGGCCCUGCCCGCCAGGCCUCUGCAGCCCCCGCUGGACUUCAAGCACUUGCUCACCUUCCACUUCAAUGGCGCCACCCCGCUCAAUCUCUUCCCCAACUUCAGCACGAUGGACCCGGUCCAGAAAGCUGUCAUCAGCCACACAUUUGGGGUCCCCUCUCCCCUGAAGAAGAAGCUCUUCAUUUCCUGUAACAUCUGUCACCUGAGAUUCAACUCAGCGAACCAGGCCGAAGCACAUUACAAAGGCCACAAACAUGCCAGAAAACUCAAGGCUGUUGAAGCUGCCAAGAGCAAGCAGAGGCCUCAAACCCUGACCCAGGAUGAGACGCUGGCGUCCCCCACCCCGACUCCAGCCGGUGGAGCCCCUGAAGAGCUGCGCAGCAAAGCAGUUCCUGCAGCCCCUCCUCCUGAUCCCGAAAUCCAGUCACCCCGGAGUCCAGAACCCACACCCAGGGAGCCGGUCCCCUCAGACCUCUUGGAUGCUGUCUCCUCUUCCUCCUCUUCGUCUUGCCCACCCUGCUCCCCAGAGCCUGGGCCAGAGGCCCCAGAGUCUGAACCGGCGGCAGCUGCUGUGGGAAGCGGUGUGAGUGGGGAAGGCAGGGGCGAGAAGGGGCGCCUCUACUGCGCCACAUGUAAGGUGACCGUGAAUUCCGCCUCCCAGCUUCAGGCUCACAACACAGGAGCCAAGCACCGGUGGAUGGUGGAAGGUCAGCGGGGAGCUCCCCGCAGGGGCCGGGGCCGCACGGUGCCCCGGGGAGGAGCUGGACACAAGGCCAAGAGAGUGACAGGGGGCCGGGGGGGCCGGCAGGGGCCCAGCCCCCCAUUCCACUGUGCUCUCUGUCAGCUCCAGGUCAACUCAGAGACCCAGCUCAAGCAGCACCUGAGCAGCAGGAGACACAAAGACCGUCUGGCUGGGAAGCCCCCCAAGCCCUCCAGCCAGCACAGCAAGCUGCAGAAGCACGCGGCACUGGCUGUGAAUCUCCUCAAGUCUAAACUGGCCUUGCAGAAGCAACUCACCAAGACCCUGGCAGCCCGCUUCCUGCCCAGCCCGCUCCCCACCGCGGCGGCAGCCAUCUGUGCCCUGCCAGGGCCCCUGGCCCUCCGGCCUGCCCCCACAGCGGCCACCACCCUCUUCCCAGCUCCGAUCCUGGGUCCGGCUCUGUUUCGCACCCCAGCGGGAGCCGUUCGCCCUGCCACGGGACCCAUCGUCUUUGCCCCCUAUUAGCCCUCCCAGCAGUCGCCUCUGCCCACCACCGGCCCUGAUCCCUCUCCCUGAGAUGCCUCAGUUCCCUCCAUCCCUCAGGAGAAUGCCUUGUAUAGCCUCGGGGUCCUGCCCAAUCUAGGAAGAGCUGGGCUAACGCUAAGAGCUGCUCUGCCCAGCCCUCAGUCUGCACUGGGGACUCAACUAAUGCCACCCUGGCCCACGGACCAUCCAUCUGCACCCUCCCUGCCUCUGGUGUCUAGGGCUAGUCCUGGUCUCCCCUCCAUUUCCCAUCCUGACUUACGGGGAGCAAACCGAAAAACCCAAAGAUCUAUGCAAUAAUCCUAGCCCCAGUCCCAUGGUGCUCUCAUCCCCCCAACUCAAGACCUACAGCCAUGUGGCCAGAGGCCCAAGGAAUCUGACUUUCUCCUAGCCUGAGGACAAGACUGUGACCUCUAUUCCCAUGCCCUGCAGGGGGUGGGGUGGGGGUGGUCUUCCCCAUCCACUGGAUUCCCCAGAGAAUCACUGGCGAUGAUGGAGGGGGUCUCCAGCAGGAGUGGGUUCAAGGCUGCCUGGACAAGGGUGUGGUGGAGGACCGUGGAGGAGAGAGGGAGCAGCACCAAGUGGGACAAAGCCAAGGGGCGGCUGGAGCCGCAAGCUUCUGGGGUUUCCACCUGCUGAUAGGAUGAGGUGAUGGUGAUGGUGAUGUUCUGGCUGGGCCGUCCGUAAUAGAGGAAAUGACCAGUCCCACACACGUUCUCCCCUCUUAGCCUUUCAUUGAGUCUUCCUGAACCCCAGCUCUCGAGGGGGAAGUGGGGUGACACUGGGUCUCCCUCAGACUAUGGGCCCCCCUGACACCAAAUCCACCCCCCAGGGCUCCCCUCCAGUUCCUCACUUCAAACUGGCCCCCAGCACUCAACUCAGCUUUCUCCCCAGACCAGCAGCCCAAGCCCCCCUCGCUGUGAACCCGAGUGUUGGGAUCCACUCUCAAGACCCAUUUUCGUGCUGUCAAGAUUACUGCCACCACCCGCCUCCCACCCCAGCACUGCCACCCACCACCCCACGAUAUGGGACUUCGCCAGUAUCCGCCUGUUAUCCUUUUUUAAAAAAGCUAUUUCCAAUGGGGGUACAAGAAAAAAAAGGGGGAGGGGAGGGAAACUUUUUGAUAACAGUUGUGGUUUUAUUGUGUCCAACACAUUAAUAAAUGAAUUUAAGCUCAA